CUUUUUUGCUCUUUGCACUCGGACAGCGUCAACGUCAACGCGAGGAUGAUCCAGGCCAUCUUCUACAGCGAGUUUGACAACAUUGCGGGGCCGCAGAUCGUGUACCAGGCGCCGGCCAACGCGCUGAGCAACGAGGUCUUUGACAGCGUCUCGGGCUACAUCAUCAUCGACAAGGCGCUCUGCGGCAAGAUCAUCACAGUCUGCCCGCAGGACAUCAAGAUCGUGGGCUAUCCCGUGUGCAUCGAAGACGACAAGUACCACCGCAACGCCCUCCUCUUCAACAUUGGGUUUGUCUUCCAGCGCUCGAUGGACUCGACGCCAUACAAGCCCAUCCUGCGCAAGCUCGGGUCGCUCAUGGAAAGCAUGGAGAAGGAGAAUGGCUUCCUCUCGCGCGAAGCGAGCAAGGCGACGCUUGCCACGAUCUUGCCGGCGAUCCUGCAUGAUCUCACACACUUUAGCGAGUGCACGAUCCCAAUCGACACCGCCAACAUCAUCAACCUCAAGCUCUUUCCCAAGCUCUCGACGCCGCCCAACGUCCACGACCACGAAGUACCCGUCGCGAUCCGCAAUCUCAAGACGCUGCUGCAAAACAGCGCCGAGUGGGACUUGGCGCUGCAGAAGAUCGUCCCGUACAUUGACGGCGUCAACUACGUCAAGCGCAUCGCUGUCAUCGCCGAAGUCGAGCUCUCGAUCGUCAAGAACUGCAUGCGCCAGCUCAUGUACUAUGGCUGCAUCACCAUGAUCGACAUCUUCCUCCACUCCAACAUCUACGCGACGACCGACAAGAUUUCAAGCCUCGUCGAAGACGUCAACUUGCAACGUGCGUGCGUCGCGUACGUGGCCAAGGACGAAGACACGCCGCCGCUCUUCCCGACAGUCUUCUCCAUCUACUGCGCACUGCAGCCGAGCGUGCCCGUGAGCCAGCUCUGGAACACGUAUCAAAAGUCACUGGUGCACAUCGACGUCCGGCGGCUCGUGACGUUUGGGCUCAUCCAUGGUUUCCUCCGGCGCAUUCAUCGAUACCCGAUCUCGAUUGACCGCAGCCAGCGCCAAAACAUGGCGCUCUCGUCGUCGCCGUCGUCCAUCACGGUCGCGGGCAGCGCGCUCAACCAGCAGCAGCGAAUCAAGACAACGCCGCCCCAAACUGGGCUUCAAAACAAGGACAAGGUCAAGCGAAUGAUGAACGGCGAGCACCAUACGGACGAGAUCUGCUGUGCCAACAUGCUGCGCUACUCGGACCUCGAGGCCAUCCUCGCGGCCGAGCCCCACUGCAUUGUCAACAAGUGAGCCAAGAUCGGGUUCAAUCAGGAUAAAAACACGCCUCUUGAGAUGUUAUCGAGGACAAUGUGGCGGCGCGAGUAUCGGUUGAUGGGCUUACAAUGCGCGCAUGCGACAUCGAUG